CAGGAUGGGGAAAGGUCACACAAACUCCUUUGACGUGGCCGUGAUCGGGGGCGGGAUCAUGGGGAGCUGCACCGCCUACAGCCUGGCCAAGGCGGGCAAGUCUACCGUGCUGAUUGACAAGUUCGCGCUGCCCAACCUCAGGGGCAGCAGUGGCGGCCUCAGCAGAAUCACGCGCAGGGCCAACUUCGGGAUUCCUGAACUGACGCCCAUCAUGGACGAUUCCUUCAAGCUGUGGCAGGAGAUCUCCGAGAAGGCCCACGAGGAGCUGAUAAGGCCCGCCCCCAUGCUGGUGGUGGGGAAGGACUUCCAAAUGCUGUCUAAGAUGGCGGCGUCCGUGGAGGCGACGGGGAACGCGCCCGCCUGGCUCUCCAUCCAACAGACCAACGCCAAGUACAAAUCGAAGUUCACCGACGACUACUACGCCUUCGAGGACCCGACGGCCGGGGUUCUGAGGGCGGACAGGUGCCUCUUAGCGGUCCAGAAGCUGUUCCGCGACGAGGGCGGCUGCGUGCUCGACGGGUGGCCUGUGGUGGGCGUGGAGCCCGGGGAGCCCUGGACCAAGAUCUCCGGGCCCCAGGGCGUCGUCAGGGCCCGCUGGCUGGUGCUGUGCCCGGGGCCCUGGGCGAGCCACGUCCUCCAGCACCUCGGCGUGUACUUGCCUCUCAGAUCAGUGCGGACGACCUCGCUGUACUGCCGCAACGAGCAGUUCCCUUUCUCGAGUUUCGUGGACUGCUCGGUCGAAAACAACCACUACUAUGCUCUUCCUGCCAUGGAGCAUCCGGGGCAUAUCAAGGUGGGCCUCCAUGAAGGCGUGGAAAUGGAUCCGAAUCAGAGCCAAGAAGUUGACAUAUCAGAGUUGAGGCAGAAGUCACUUUCUUACUUCAAGAAUUACUUCCCGGACUUGGGGGAGCAAUAUGCCUUCGAGCAGCUGUGCUAUUACACGCUCACGCCCGACGAGGAGUUCAUCCUCGACCGCCAUCCUCGCCAUCGCAACAUCCUUUACGCCGUAGGAUUCUCAGGCACUGGCUUCAAGAUCGCGCCCGUGAUCGGCGAAGUGUUCAGCCGCAUGAUCCGGGGGGAAGCGCCCAAGCAUGACGUCAGUGCUUUCGCCGCGAAGAGGUUCGAUAAGGACAAAGCGAUGAAGAGUAAAUAUUGAAGAACUGGAAGGGGACACGACAUGCAGAAUUGGUUGUGUAGAAUUAUUUAGGAUUGCAGAAGAAUCGAGGACAAUGCAGUGUUGUUUUUGUUAUUACUAACCAAAGAAGAAGAAGGCUUGUAGAGCGGAAAUUGUAAACAAAAAAUGGUAUCUGUAUAUUGUUUACAUUAUGGAAAGAAUAUAGGAAUUAGUUAUGUGGAAAGAUGGGUGUAUAGAGUACAUUGUUUUCUUACUAAUGGUUGAAUUGUGUUAUAUGAAGAAUAAAUACGUACUGUGAUAUAAAGUCUUCAUUUGUGUGUUGAAUGCAGUGAAAAAAAACUCUUCCUAUUCAUUAACAAAAUAUGGGUAUUCCUGGAAAAUUUAGGUAUCUACAUCAUGUUAUCUUGCGAACGAAUAAAUGGAAAUAAAAGUUUA